AGGGAUUAACAGUACUUUAUAAAUUGUUUUAAAUUUCAGUGGUUUGCUUUAUUGUGUGCUAUAUGCUCCCCUGGCAUAGAAACUUGAUAAAUAAGCUUGUAAGUUAAGUGGCUGUUUCUGAGACAGCUGAUGAGCACUGUACCAGUAGUUUCCAUCUGUGCUGGAGUGAUGCAGAGUUCUGUGGACUCCUCUUACUUUUCAAGUGGGAAAGAAUCUGUGCAUGUGUGUGUGUUUGUAUGUAUGUGUGUGUACACACUCUUCCACCACAAUUUGUGUUGACCUUGGUCUUGACUGGAGGGGUUGGUGGUGUGUGCUGGCUCAAUUUUAUCCCCUUUGUCUGUUGAGAAUCUAAUGCUGUUAGUUCUACAGGUCUUCAUCCAAGAAUUGUCAGAUGGCUCUGUAGCUAUCUUGUGUAUAUUGAAAGAAGUUAAUUGCAGCAUGGCUUUGACUGUUUUUAUACAGAUUCUUCUAUAUUGAUUAAAAAUAUUUAGAACUCUGCAUUUUUUCUGUCAGCCCCUUCUCAAUUAUUGAGUGAAGCUGAAGCUAGUUGAUUUUGUUUCUGAGGGCCCUUCCGUACCUGUAACUGCUUUGUGUCUGACUUCUCCAGUAAGAUGCCAACUACAACCUAUUACAGUGCUCACAUCACUUUGCAGCUGAGUGCAUUCUUUCCUUGCCUUCUCCUAUGCUUGCAUAAGGUCUUCAUAAAAAUCUUCACAGCAGCUGCACUGUUGUUCAGAAAACCAUGAAAAGCUUCACAAGAUUCUGUACCUCACAAAGCACAAAUGACUGGGGUUUGAUUGCCUAGCAUGCUGAUCAGCAUCAUUUUGUUUCCUUGGACAUCAUUGUCCAUUUUUUUACAUCUAGAUUAGAAAGGGUUUGUGGUAGGGUCAGUGUUCUUGUUCUGUUGCCUUGGGAAUAAAGACUGCUGUACAACCUGGGCAAUGAGUGAGGUUCUUGGAAGAAAUUAUGAUACACAAAUAGUAAAAACAUUAAACAAGGAAUUGAUUCUUGGUAGUGUAAUGAAGUUCAGUAUGCAAAAUAAAAUAAGCUGUUCUCUGAAACAGAUGAGGAAACAACUUUUACAAAACACAAUGGUAAGUUACAGCCAUCUUACUCUGGUAUUUCAGUUCUUAAUUAGGUAGCAAACUAAAGAAUUGCACAGUUAACAGCAAUUUUUUUAAGCUGUGCUUUUUGUUUUAAUUUCUUCAUUAAGAUGUCACCAUAAAUUGAGAAAUGAUAUGGUGAAAUCAAAGUUACUUAGUAAUGGAAAAUUUUAAAAUAUUGUAUUUCCAGAGGUCAAAUAGUUUCAAAAUAAAUGGAAUGUUUUUACUUCAGUAUAAUACUGAGAGAUGGAGCAAUAGGAAGAUUAUUUCACAGCUCUGCAUAUGAAUUUUUCUGCUUACCUGCUAUUAUUACCUUUUACCUCAUGAGUACUGACCAACACCAAAGCUGCAGAAGCAUUUUCCCCUAUAUAAGGCAACGUCAAACAUCUGAAGAUGUCUAACAUUAGGUGUGGGAGAAGGGGGUGGUAUUUAACAUUACUUGCCUUUCAAGGACUGUUUGUGUUUCUGGAAAAGGACAUUAGUUUUACUUAGAAUUCCUUCUUGCUUACAAAAACAGAACACUGCAAAGCUGAAUAGAGUAUUCAAUAUAGAGUUUCUGUAUUAGAACCUAAAUAGUGCACUGGAGUGCCAUGUUUAGCAGAUACAAAUUGCGUAAGUGGCUUGCUAGAGUUAGGUGAGGAAUGUGAUGAAUCUAAAUAUUGCUGGAUUAGAAUGGACAGUCCAUGAAAUAUUUUGACUAGUUGUGAGCGGGAGUCACGGAAGUAGGAAGCAGCAGGAAUUCUAAUCUGUGUUGCUAUACAGCAGCAUUUCUGGCAGUGCUGCUGUAAAGCAACAAUUACAUUCGUGGAUAUACUUUUAAAUGUUCUUUAUAUACAAGACCUGGUAUUAUACAAUGGGAGCAAAUACUUCUAGGAAGCAGCACAGAUUCAUAUAAAGAGAGUAUUUACAAGAGCAUGUAGUGACAGGACAAGGGGGAAUGACUUCAAACUGAAAUAGUUUAAGAUUAGCUGUUAGGAAGACAGUCUUUAUUGUGAGGGUGAUGAAACACUGGAACAGGUUGCCCAGAAAAGAUGUGGAUGCCCAUCACUGUAGAUGUUAAAGGUCAGGUUGGAUGGAGCUCAGUAGCCUGGUCUAGUGAAAGUGCUCAUGCCUUACAGGUGAUCUGCAAGGUCCAACCCAUGGACCUUUCAGAUUUUCUAUGAAAAUACAUUUCAUUAAAUAUAGAAAAAUAUUCCACCUACAUGCUGCUGUUCCCCAUAAAUACCGUGUGGCAGCUUUAUCCAUUAUUUCACUGCACUGGACCAAAUAGCUAGAAGAAUUAAGAGUAUGACAUUUACAUUUUGAGCGUUUUAAGGAUAUUUUCAAGUGUGUGCAAGGAUCACAGAUAAGAGGUAAUACGGAUCUUGUUUAUCUGUUAUCACUAGACGCCUUUGAAAAACUGCACUGUGAAAUCACUUUAAUUGAAUCAUAUUCUGUAAACUCCUGCAGGAUAAUGUUUGUUUCAUGUUUUUCUUGCUAUAGUGUUCUUAAAUGAGUAGAUGUUUUAAAAUAGCUAAAGGAUAGAAAUGUAUGUAAUUAUAUGUCAGAAGUUUGCUUUUUCAUUAGUUACAGGAAUCUGCAAAGUAUUUUGAGGCCAAAUAAUUAGCCUGUUGCUUAUAUGCUAAGUAUUCAUGUUUUAUGAAAGAUUAAACUGUUAAAAUGUGUGCUUAAUGCUUUCUGGAGCCCACAUUUUAUCUUUGUCCUGUGUGGCCUUGCAUGUUCAUCAAUGGGGACAUAAUUUGGAUUAAAAGGCCUGACUUCAAAUAAGAUUGUGUGCUUCUGCAGUAACUGCUUGGCCUGUUUCAAGCAUGCAGCACCCAAGUUUCUUUGGAGCAACAGCUUGUGAAGGCUUUCUAAAAUGAAUAAUCCUAUUACCAAGUUGAUUUGAGUGCUCAGGCUAUGUACAGUCCAUGUUAGAAGGUACAAGAGGGCUAUUGCUUUGUAACCAAGAGAUGCACUGGUGUGUUUACAGAGGAUGUCAGUCAGAUUACCUCUGAUGCUGUUUUUAUCUGCAGGGCAAAGAAGACUUGUAGCUGUCCACCAAGACUUUAUGGUAGAGAGGGCAGUUUGGUUCCUCACAUUCUGGAGCAGUGGGAGAGCCCAUGCUGCCUUGUGGUGUCAGUUUGGACCAUCAGGUGCUGAGAAGCAGCUGGCACUGGCUGUGCUGCUCAGUGGUGGCAGACUCUCAGUGGUGCUGCUAUUCUGAAUGUCCAGGACUGUGGAGCCUGAUCAGCAGAGGUUGCUUGUGGCUGAGCUGUCCUUGGAAGCAGUAGCUGCUAUGAGUAAAGAGAAUUUUUGGGGAUACAUUGCCCUAUCUUUUUUUCCAGCUCAAUCAGUAUUUCUCCACUUUUCAUCCAAGCCAGGAAAGGAGGUACAAGAAUGCCAAAGGCAAGAUGGACAUGCCACCGUAACACUGCUCACCCAGUAGAGUAUCCUUGUGGCCAGGGGACCCAGGAGCCCAGGAACCAGCUUCCCUGCCAUGGGCUUUGCCAAUAAUAUGGUGCUAAGACGUUCACAGAAUCACAGAAUCAAUUAAGUUGGAAAAGAUCUCUGAGAUUAAGACCAGCCUAUGACCAAACACCACCCUAGCAACUAGACCAUGGCACUAAAUGCCACGUGCAUUCUUUCCUUCAACACCAACAGGGAUGGUGAUUCCACUGCCUCACUGGAUUAACCCUUCCACUACCCCUUAUGUGAAGAAAUUCUUCUUAAUGUCCAACCUAAAUGUCUGAAUGUCCCCUAGCACAGCUAAAACUAUGCCCUCUUACUCUGUCACUGGGUGGGAAAAGAUGCUGACCCUUUCCUGCCUACACCUUCCUUUUAGGAAAUUGUAGAGAGCAAUAAGUGAUUCUUCUUUUCCAGGCUAAACAACCCCAGCUUCCCUGGCUGGACUUGUGCUACAGGCCCUUCACCAGCUUUGUUACCCUUACCUGCACUCCCUCCAGAACACUCUGGUUCUUCCCCGAACUGAGAGGACUCAGGAUUCGUGGUGUAGCCUCACCAGGGCCGCAUAGAGGGGAAGAAUCCCCUCUUCCCUCAUCCUGUUGGCCACGCUACUGCUGACACAGGCUGGGAUGCCACUGACCUUUUUGGCCUCCUGGGCCCACUGCUGGCUCACGUUCAGCCGCUGUAUCCGACCCACCUUGAGGCUGUCUGUGCAUUUACUAAUGUAGACUCAGUCCUCUCAUCCAUGGUUUGGGCCUUUUCAAAAGUUUGUACAAAACAGGCGCUGUUCUUGCCCUUUAAACCUCGCCGCCAUUAAGUUUUUCCCCCGCCCAGCGCCCGGACCGCCCGCCGCGGCCCGUCCCUCCGCGUUGCCAGGGCAGCGGAGCCGUGGAGCGGGGCAGGUCUUUGUGACUGGACACCAUGCCUCUUCCAGAAACCAUGUUCUGUGCCCAGCAGAUCAAAAUCCCUCCAGAGCUACCCGACAUUCUGAAGCAAUUUACUAAAGCUGCUAUUAGGACUCAGCCUUAUGAUGUUUUGCAGUGGGCAGCUGCGUAUUUUUCAGCCUUGUCUAAAGGUGAACCCCUUCCUGUGAAGGAGAGGAUCGAAAUACCUUUAGCAACAGAGAAAAAAGAUGCUGGUUUGACCCCAGGACUCCUUAAGGUCUUGCACAAACAGCUUUCUUCCAAAGGCAUGGUGACCUUUGCAGAACUGAGUGAUAAAUGGAAGCAUUUGGGCUUGCCAGAGAAGCAGCUGGAAGCUAUCCUGCAACUGGACAGUUUUGGAGAGAAGGUGGAAUGGAUGAAGUUUCUGGCACUUGGGUGCAGCGUGCUUGGUGGGUCCUUACUGAGUUCAAUGAAACAGGCCUGCGAGAUCCUAACAAGAGACCCAGAAGGCGGAGCAGCUCGCAUUCCCUUCGAAACAUUCUCAUUCCUUUAUUCAUAUUUGGCCAGUAUUGAUGGAGAGAUAUCAGAGACAGAAACUAAAGCAUUUCUCCAGGGAAUUAAAGAACAAGCGGACAAACACUCUGGCAUGGUGUUGAUCAGACACUUCCUGCCAUACUCCUUUGUAUUUUAUUGAUCAACCCUACUCUUCAGCAUGAGGUGAGAGGGAAAAAAAAAAGGAAGGAAUAAAUAAA